AGCAGUUUGAUGACGUAAGGGACGUCGGGGCGCGCUCGGGCGUGAACAAGGAAGAGGACGUUCGAUGCGCGUGCCCGCGAAAAACGAACGACGCUGCUGAAGUGCGGGGGAGGAGGUGGAGGGGGGGGGGCGUGCGCGCCUCCGUCAAACAGACUGCGAACGCGAGUCCGUGCGCGUGCCCUGCGUCCGAAGGCGAAUGCGGUACAGAAAACAAGGAUCGGAGGAGAGACAAGGAGAUAGACAUAGCCAGUGAAAUCCGAAGUCCCUCGCUUUGUACCGAAAAAUACUCCCCAUCUUGUGCUUUAUGAGUACCUGACCCGGCGAAGGAGAAGGAGGAAAGACAAUACGCCAAGGGCACCUCCCAGCUGAGGAAUGACUACCCUGUAACAAAGCUGCAGCACAGAGGGGACCAUUUUACUGGGGUGAUGCAGGAUGAAAUGAACGCCAUUUGUUGAAUGUCUGCAGACUGCCUACGGAUCCUGCACGUGGAGAUUGGAUUUUGGAGAAGAGUUUCGUGUUUUUCUCAAGCCCCCAAGCGGCGGACCUCCUUGCAAGCCGGAGCCUGAGCUGGAUUUCUGAUCCCCCUGUGAGGGAGACAGCCGCUGCUGCAGAAGCCUUCUCCUGCCCUUGCAGCCACCAUGGUGCUGUCACAAAGACAACGAGAUGAGCUAAAUCGAGCGAUAGCUGAUUACCUUCGUUCCAAUGGAUAUGAAGAAGCAUAUUCAGUUUUCAAGAAGGAAGCAGAAUUAGACAUGAAUGAAGAAUUAGAUAAGAAGUAUGCUGGCCUUUUGGAAAAGAAAUGGACUUCUGUCAUCAGAUUACAAAAAAAGGUGAUGGAAUUAGAAUCAAAGCUAAAUGAAGCAAAAGAAGAAAUUACUUUAGGAGGGCCCCUGGGACAGAAGCGAGACCCCAAAGAAUGGAUCCCACGCCCCCCAGAGAAAUACGCCCUAAGUGGCCAUAGGAGUCCUGUCACCCGGGUCAUCUUUCAUCCCGUGUUCAGUGUUAUGGUCUCUGCCUCGGAGGAUGCUACAAUAAAGGUGUGGGAUUAUGAGACGGGAGACUUCGAGCGCACGCUGAAGGGCCACACGGACUCUGUACAGGACAUUUCUUUUGACCAGACUGGCAAGCUGCUGGCAUCCUGUUCUGCUGACAUGACCAUCAAGCUCUGGGAUUUCCAGGGCUUUGAGUGCAUCAGGACCAUGCAUGGACAUGACCACAAUGUUUCAUCGGUAGCUAUCAUGCCCAAUGGAGAUCAUAUAGUUUCUGCCUCUAGGGAUAAAACCAUUAAAAUGUGGGAGGUAGCAACUGGGUACUGUGUGAAGACAUUCACAGGCCAUAGAGAGUGGGUGCGCAUGGUGCGGCCGAACCAGGACGGCACACUGCUCGCAAGCAGCUCCAAUGACCAGACGGUCAGAGUCUGGGUGGUGGCGAAUAAAGAGUGCAAAGCAGAGCUGCGGGAACACGAGCACGUGGUGGAGUGCAUCUCCUGGGCCCCAGAGAGCUCCUACUCCACCAUCCUUGAAGCGACAGGAUCAGAGAAUAAGAAGAGUGGCAAGCCUGGACCUUUCCUGCUCUCAGGCUCAAGAGACAAGACUAUCAAGAUGUGGGAUGUCAGCACUGGCAUGUGCCUUAUGACGCUGGUUGGCCAUGAUAACUGGGUGCGCGGAGUGUUGGUUCACCCUGGAGGAAAGUUCAUUGUGAGCUGUGCUGAUGACAAGACUUUGCGGAUCUGGGACUACAAGAACAAGCGGUGCAUGAAGACCCUGAGUGCCCAUGAACAUUUUGUUACCUCUCUGGAUUUCCACAAGACGGCUCCUUAUGUUGUGACUGGGAGUGUAGAUCAAACAGUAAAAGUGUGGGAGUGCCGCUGAUCAUACAUACUGCACCCCACUCCUCCCCUUCCCAGCCCACCUUCCUCCUACUUCUUCUCCUCUGGAUGCACUCAAAUACCAUGGUUAUUACCCAUCGCUCUGUUUAAAUAACUAUUGUCCUUUUAUGUAAAUUAUUCUGGAUGUAGAUUGAGCUAUUAAAUGUUACACAAAAAAGUAUUCUUGCAUGGUGAAUCCAAAAUUGUAUACUGUAAAUUUACAUAACGUUGUCUAGAAGUACCAUAGGUUUAAGAACACAGGCUGGAGUUUCACCUGGCCUAACCUAAAGAAGGCAGAAGUUGACUGGGUAAUUAAAAGUAGGGCACUAAACUGAUAAUUUAAUGACAGUGUCGUUCUUAUGUGUCAGAUUAUUUUGUCUCUUUUUUUUCCCCACUGUCGUAGUCUGUUGGUGCCUAGAUCGGUGACCUCUUUGAGAAAACGAAAAACUAUAAUCCCUCCGUGGAAAUUUGAUUGUCUGUGGGGCUCGUUUAUGGAAUAAUGUGUAGCUAUGUAACAUCACUUCUGAAGUGUGCUUACCAUUCUCUUAUUGUGAAACUAGAUAAUAUAUUAAUGACUGCAUCUAAGAAUGUGUUUCAAACUGUUCUGUCGUGAGACUAUGGGGAAUUAAACUUUGUACCCUUGUCAUGGCAUAUGUCUAAACUACAAUUGGAAGUUAACCAGGGGAGAAGGUUGAAUGAAAUUACUCUGCCUGAAUGUGUGCUUUUUUGAAAUAAAAAUACUACAAUAUGACAUAUUUCAAGUGGCAUCUCAAUUAAUAGGCUAGGCAUUGGGUCAGCAUACCAGGCCUUUCACUUUUUAAAUGUCCAACCUUUAAUCUGGCCACUUCAGCCAAUGCUGUAUCUUGGAUCUUAAUAGUUAACAAGCUCUGCCCUCUAAAAGUUGGGUUAAGCACCUUGUCUAAAGCAGCCAUUGAUUCACACAAUUUUCUUGUCAUUAAAUAAACUCCUCACUAAAUCUGAACAAGUUUUAAGUAGCACCAUUUGGAAUUUUAUACGAUGCAGUUUAUUGGAGAUAUUUUUUUGUUCCAGAUCACUUUCGCGUAUGAAGCUCUUCCUUGUUUUUUGAGUCCACGUGCUCCUCUUUCCACCAAUUUAACCAUUAUUUGUUUCGUGUUUGUUUUAUUUACUACACCUCUAAAAUCAUGUUACUUUGUUGAGGAUCAGUCGAUCGUUAAUGCUGCAUGACAGAAGGGUGUGAGCGAAGAAGGCCGAGGAGCUUGGCUGUGUAACAAUGCCAUGUCCAGGUGUGCCAUUCAUCCUAGCCAGAGACAUACAGCGUGACAAGGGUUCAAAGUUCCCCUUUAACAGUUGUUUGUUAGGGGAUGUGCAAAGAUCUCUCCUUGUAGAGAAAGGAAAACAAAAUUGGAGCAAAGUGGUUUCUACAAAAAGUGCACUUGUUCUUGAAGGAGAAAAACGACAAAUCUGUCAAGUAACAGGGACUUUUUUUGACAAAAAUCUGAAACAAUUCAGUAUGUAGGUACUGCACUUGGAUUUCUAUGAUCUUACUAGAGAAGCAAGCCUGUAAUGGUAACUCCUACUGUUAAGGAAAUUUCAUGCAACGGUUUGUACAGAUCUCUUGACUUGGCUGUCUGGCUGUAGUGUAAAAGAGCCAAAUGCAGACUGUUUGGUGAAGUUUUCAAUAUGUGAGUGCCAGAGGCCCAUUCAGACACGAUUUUAACGGUCUUACGACUGGCACUUUUUUUUUCCUUUUCAUUCUAUGAUCUUUCUUCCAAAAUGCAAAACAAAAGGAAAUGUAAAAAUUCCAGCAUCAGGCAAACCAACCGAGUUUUUAUGAAUAUACAGCUGCUGGCCUAGCACUGAAGAAAAAAACAAUUAACUUGCACAUCCCUGCCCUUAUUAGGUCUUUGGUCUGCUUUGACUGAAGAUUUAAGAAAUUUAAAACAAUAAAAAUGCAUAUGCAGAUAUCAUUUUAAUUCGCCUUUUCAUGAAACUGCAAUUAUAUAAUAAAGAAUUCCACUGCUUAACCAACCCAUUAUCUAGCUUCUUUGCCAAUUUCCUGUUGUGUGUACUGUAAGUAACUGCUGCUGAAAUCUGUUAGUGAAUAGUAUGAGAUCUGUAAAAGUCAAUACAGUACUGCUGCAUGUGAAAAAAUACUGGGGAUUGAACUGUCUGGGAGGGCAACACCUGGUUGGAUGCUUGCUCCAUGUAGAUGACUUCAGGCUAUAUUAAUGUUCUUUUAAAAAUUCAGAGUAAAAUAUAGAAAAUGCCUUUCCAUGAACAGUAGGGUAGCUGGACCAAUUGAUUGCUGUCUUACCCGAACAUUUAAUAAAGAAUGGUUACAUCCCACCAGAUGGAUCAAUCAUGAUAGCUGCAGGCAGCACUACCGUGUAGUCAGAUGACUUGGGUUGUGAUUUGUAUGGAGGACAACUCCAGAAGAAUACUGACUUUUUUUUAACGGGAUUUGGCAGAUUAUAAGCCCAGAGGGAUAAGUGCCCCAAAGUGAACACCAUUGAUGCCUCCUGUAGUAUAUGUUCCUGUUUGGAGUGGCGUUCUGCAGACCUCCAAGUCACAUUUCGUCACUUUUUUUUUUAUUUCGAUCAUACUGAGGAGUGGGAGAGGUGUAUAAAAUCGGUCUGACUGCAUUGAUACUGCACAGUAUAUUGUGUGCCCAAGUACUGUACGAUGAGAAAAAAAAAUUGCAUACUAAGGGGGGGGCAAUUUUCCCUCUAAAUGUUUUUGUUGAGCAAUUUUUAUUUUGUAAACUACAAGGUGAUUUGAUAAGCCAAAAAGCAGGGGACUGAGCAAUGUAGACAAUUCCUGUCGUAUAAUUCCCUCUUUCUAGACUUCUAGAUUUUUUUCAUGUGGUCUCCACGGAUUUACACUUUAUUAACGAAGCCAUAAUGGCAGUUGAUCAGAUGCAGCUCCCUGGCAGUAGGCAGCAUUCAGCAGAUGAUGCUCCUUGGGAAGGUCCUUUGCAAGAUGGGGAUCUGCCUGGAAGUUACCAACUAUUCCCACCUGUUUCUUGAGGAUGCCUCUCUCUGACCCAGCCGUGGUACAUUUCGACAAAUUGAAAGAGUUGGGGGGGGAGAGAGCGGAGGCAAUAUUUGCCUGUAGUUUUCUUGCUACUAAAUUAAUGCUAUUGCCAGAUAUGCUGAAUAUUGUGUUGAGGAAUAUCCUGUGAAUACAGAACAGUUGCUCUUUUCACAGAUCUUAAGCCAUUCCUGCGCUGCACAUGCCUUAUGGAUAGAUAGAGGCUGAACGGCAACUUGAUUCGUUUUGCGUCUGUUGGUCCUUCACUGGCACCAAAUCCAUCCCUCUGCUAUACCUGCCUUGUGAAUAGAUCGAGGGCUUCAGACUUCGCCGCUCUAACGGGAUUUUUGCUUUCAUGGUCUCUCACUGUUCACACACAGUAAAUUGUUAACAAUAUAUCUGGAUGUCAUUAUUGUUUGCAACAUAAUUAAAAAAAAUGUGUAAAUAUA